GGAGUUAUCCAUACUCUACUUGCUAAUUAUCGCCCCAGCGAUACUCUGUAAUCACCUGGUGCUAGCUGUGAGUUGUGUUUCAUGCUCAUUUCUGUGUAUUUGGUUCGCAUUCGAGUCUAAUGAUCUUGGAUCGGGUUCAUUACACUUUACUCUGCCCUAAAUUGCUUAGGACGAGGUUUCGACUGAGUAGCAGUAUUAUACCGGCUUAUCAUUUCAUUUCAGUACUGAAAAAACAAUCUCAAGUUUAACGAAACUUUUACACAAUGUCGACUACUUUUCCUGGGCACCAAAUAUUACCUCUCGAGUUAAUUGAUAGGAUCACAGAUGAAGUUUAUAGUUCUUCGGGCAACAGCAAGGAAGACUUGUAUAACCUGUCGUUGACUUCUCGCGAAGUUGGCAAGCGAGCCACGGCACUGAUUUUUCGUGUUGGGUCAGACCCCGAAGACGACGUCUUUCAACUACACGUCCUCUUCGAAUCCAACCGUGACCGUAGCCUGGCAGCAUUGGUCAGGAUAUUGGUUUUUGGCUUCCCGGAGGAAGGUGAAAGUACCUUCUCGCCCAGCCUUCCGUUUACUAUCCUUCGCUCGAACUCGUCUCUUAAAUCUCUCCUCAUAUCCAGCCUUUGGAUAAAUGAGUUUCAUGAAUCUUCACGCGUCUUCGGGCGUCAUUUUCGGAUCCAUGAACCGGAGGCUGUGGCAUGGGAGGAUUCUAAGUCGCGCUAUCAUGGCCUUCAGCCCAAAACGGCUCUCGAGCUUCCGAUCGAAUGUUUAAUCAUGAAGUUGGCGACACCCUCGGAUUACAAAGUAAUGGGUCUUUUGAUGUCUUCUCGACUCCCUAUCCUCCUACGAGGGAGCCUCAAGAGACUGGCAAUUUCUACUGCCACAGGUACAGUUUGUAAGGCGACAGCAGACAGAAUCAUAGCUUUUCUCCACUCUUCGUUGGCCCGAUCCGUGUCGCAGCUGCACUUGGCCGAGCAUGAAGUGGAAGGAUGUGAGUCAUAUUUCUGUCUGCCUGUACUUUAUUCAAAGGGUACUGUAGACUGGCCGGGCUCUCAUGCUCCUAGGAAUCUGGCCACCGUUCGUCUACCACUUUGUACAACUCUCGAUUUGCACUUUGCUAUCAGGGAUUACGAGUGUAGGUGCACGGCAGGUCCCCUUUGGUUCUCUUCCAUUCUCAAAACCCUCACUCCGGAGCAGCUUCCCGUCAAGAAGCUUCUUCUCGUCUUUGACUUUUGGUUUGAUUGUGGGUAUAUCGACUAUAUGACUCCUCCUGAAGACUUCUGGUGUCGUCUUGACAAUGCACUCUUUGCGAAUUGCUUAGAUUUGGAGGAAGUCGGGGUUCAUAUAAUUCUUCGCGCCGAAGAUCCAGAGAGAUUCUUUCCUGAUGAAGACGAAGAGAGCGAAGCAGAGGAGACUGACGAAUCAGAGAGUGGCUUAGAGGAGAACGAAGAAGACAAACGAAUGGCUCAGAGUUGGGCGGGGAGUGGAGAGGAGAGCGAUGCGGAGAGUGAUCCGGAUGACAGCACCUAUAUCACGGACCAGAGCGAAUAUACGGAUGCCGAAGAGGACGAGGAUGAUGUAGAACUCGGGAAGAACGGUGGGCACGGCGGCGAUGGAAAAAGCCAGGACCACAAGGAGGCCGAUGUCACCCCUCGACAUAUACUCCAACACUGGCUUUUCGGAUUUGCGCUUCCCAAGACGAACUCCCGCUAUCAAUUUCAACAGGACGAAACCAACUCUUCUGCCUCGGAGAAUGGAGUCAAAUCUUGGAUCCGUUUUUCAGAAAGAACCAGCAAAAUUGAGCCUAUUUUCGAUAUUGAUGAAUUUUCACUGAAGUAGUGUCAUGCAGUUUCUUCCUUCUUCACCCUGUAUCAUGUAAAAGUAAUUGGCUUUGCUCGUCUUGGGGGAUAUCAUCCUAAUAAAAUAUACUAUUUUGAUAUUUUGCGAAGAAC